AUGGCUCUGGAUAGCGAGGGUGGCUACAAGCAAAACAACACUAUUUAUUCUCAAAUCUUCGCGAAGAGGCGACAAUUAACCGGAACCCUAACAUCACCGUCACUUCCGGCGCUGCCGCUGCCCACUCUUCCUUUUGAACUAAUUGAAGAAAUCCUAGCUAGGUUACCAGUGAAGCUCCUCCUUCAACUUCGAUGCGCUUGCAAGUCAUGGAAUUUUCUAAUCUCCAAUACCAAAUUUCAUAAGAAGCACCUUAGUCUUUCAACCACACACACCCUUCACUGUGUAAGCUACUCUUUCAAAUACGUCCUCAAGUCUUACCCACUGGAUUCCCUCUUUACCAACGUCACCACCACCGACAUCGGACAACUCAAGCAUUCUCUUUGCAAUGUUUCCUUAGUUGGCUCAUGCAAUGGCAUCCUAUGUCUUGCUGUAUAUUAUGUAGGAUCAGCUUUGAUUCAGUUUCGACUGUGGAACCCUUCCAUUAGAAAAUUAAAGGAAUUGCCCCCUGAUAAAAAUUCAAGAGACCGACUACCUCUAAGGGGAAUUAUGAUGUAUGGCUUCGGAUAUGAUGUUGUUAACGAUAAUUACAAGGUUGUGUCUGUUUUACGUGCAUGUGAAUGUAUCAGUGGUAAUUUUGUUAAGAAAGAUGAAGUGAAGGUUCAUACUUUGGGUGCCAAUUCAUGGAAAAGAAUUCCAAUGUUCCCUUUUGCUGUUGUCCCUAUUCAGAAAUCUGGCCAAUGUGUGAGCGGCACGAUUAAUUGGCUGGUUUCUAAAGAUACUGAGAAAAGUCAAUGUUUUAUUCUUUCUCUAGAUAUGAGGAAAGAUUCUUACCAAAAGGUUUUUUUGCCCAAUGAUGGUAAGGUAGAUGGAUGUUCUUUGCACUUGAGUGUUUUUAGGGAUUGCUUGACCGUGUUUUGUGGUGAUGAUGUUUGGGUAAUGAAGGAAUAUGGAAAUAACGAGUCAUGGACUAAAUUGUUCACUAUUUUGUACAGGCCGGCCUUUAUGAAGGCAAUAUAUGUUUUUAAGGAUGAACAAGUGCUCCUCAAGCCUACAGAAGAUUGGGCAGGCGACUAUAUUUUUAAUAAUUGUAGGGACGGUACUUCAAAGAGUAUUGACUUUGAAAACACCCCAGAAGUGUGCGUUGAGAGUUUAAUAUCGCCUUGUCCUUAA